ACCCGUAAACGGAAGCCGCGCGGUGUCGCAGCGAGCCGCGGAUCCCCGCUUCGAAGGAUGUGAUCCGAGGAAGAAGAAGAAGAAGGCCGAGUCCGGGCCAGAGGAGCCUUUUUCCACGCUGCCACGAGGAAAUUCGGAUAAUCCAACUUCCUCGGGCGAGUAUCGCGAUCUUCGUGGCCACGCCGACGAUGGAGCCCAGGGAACGUUACCAAGAGCUCUGCCGACUUUGCGCAUCCUACGACGCCGUCAAAAUGGACAUCUUCGGUCAAGAGGGCAAGAAUAGACAGCUCGUUGACAAGAUACAGGCCUGUCUACCAUUCAAGAUUGCAGAAGAUGAUCGACUACCAAAAUGCCUCUGUUACCGGUGCAUGUACAAUUUGGAAAAUUUCUAUGAUUUUAGAACAGCAUGCGUCAAUGCAGUGGCCCUCUUGGAAAGAUGUCUACCACCUUCAGAAAAGGCUGAUGGUGUUACAACCACCCUAAUGUGCUUCAAUGACGCAGAGCUCUUGAAACAGAAGGAAAGCAUACCUAUGUUGAUCCCAGAGGCACCCAUUGUAAAUCCAAAUGCUGCUUUAGGCACACCACCCAGAUUAAAUUCUGAUGGGGAGGCGGAACACGAGGCGGAAGAAAUUGUUGAUAACAGCGGCACAGAUGAAGUGGAUGAGUCUGAAGAUCGUCGUUCGGAAGAAUAUGAAAUGGAUAUGGAAACAAAUCCAAGUGAUUUUUUGGAAAUGACUUCGAUAGUUACAGAAGAACCUGAAGAACCAGAAUCAAGGCAUCGCGAACAUUCUGGUAACGUCCCGGAGAUCACGUCUCAGCAAUACGAAGUUUAUGUUUGUUCGUUGUGCAACAAAGCAUUCAGUUCAAAGGGUCAUUUAUCUUUGCACGCGCGUAUUCAUGUCGGGGCCGGUGAUGUGAUUGGUGAAAAAGUUCUUACAGACGAUCACACUUCCUACAAGAGACCAUAUCAAUGUGAUCUUUGUCAUAAAUCUUAUUCGACCGCAAAGCAUCGUUGGGGCCACGUUUCAACAACUCAUAGAGGCCAUCCGGCAGUGACGUGCGGUUACUGUUCCCGGAUCUACUCAACCCGAACGAAUUUGGAGGAACAUAUAAAAUCACGCCACGCUGGUCUUCCAGCGCCCAUAAAGAUUCCUGCGAACAAUACCUGUCGACAAGAGACCAGAUACCAGUGCAAUCCUUGCGGGAAAAUGUGCAUAGAUGCCACGGAAUUGAAUCUCCAUGGAAGGAUCUGCAUUGACGAGAAAAGGUCAGAUCAUUUGGCCAGGAAUGAGAACAGGGAUACUAAAACAAUGGACAGUUCUGAGGGAUCAAGUAUCAUUGGUAGUGAUGAAGAUAGCAAAGACUAUAGGAGCGCAGAGGCAAAGCUAGCUAAAAAUCCUCAGCUGACGAUCUUGAAGCAAGCACUAACGAAAGGUGAUAGUCUGAAACGAGACUUUGAAGAUAAAUUUAUGACAAAUUGCAAGCCAAAAAAACUGCCAAAAACAGAAAACACAGAUGCGAAGAGUGAUAAAAAGUGGUACUGUGAAUGUUGUUCUCAAUUUUUCACCUCAGUCGAGAAUUUGAAAGAGCAUGAGGUAGUUCACGACGGGGACAAACCGUACAUCUGUAUUCUCUGUAAAAAAGAUUUUGUUCUCAAGUCUUCCCUGAGUAGACAUAUUCAAACGCUACAUGGCGUUGACCCGUUGCCUAUUAUAGAAAGCGAUAAGUGUUUAAAGAAGAUUGUUUCACGGAAUUGGAAUGAAUCUAUGGACCUUGAAUACGAAGGAAAAACGUCGGAAUUUCCAUUAUCUCCAGAGACGAAUGCUGAAAAUGAAGAAGAGGACCAUGAGAGCGGACAAGAAAAUCUUAUCGAAAUCGAAACGGUAUUUGUCUGUGAGAUCUGCACCCGUGACUUUAACGAUCGUGCAUCACUUUGGCUUCAUAUUCGGGCUACUCACAAAGAAUUCGCAGCGUUCGCGUGCGGCGUUUGUUUGAAAAUCUGUGCGGACAAUACGCAACUUUUGAAUCAUGUAAAUAUGUAUCAUGGUGGAUCAAAGUUAUUGCUUUCUGAACAAAGAAGGUAUAGCUGCACGAUUUGCGGGAGACAACACGACUCAAGAAAGAAAUUAAUCGCGCACGUAUCUAUACACAGUGUUGAUUCAAAUUAUGAUCCAGCAACUUUUGUGCAGUUGAACAGUAAUUAUUAUGGAGAGAAUAUUAACGGCACGGAGACUACAGAAACGAUGCUUGAUUACGAAGAGGAAGGAGACAAAGUAGACUGUUAUAUUUGUUAUAAAUCGUUUCCAAACGAGGAUCAUUUAAUACGGCAUCAAAGAAAUGCACACAGGUCGGAACAAUUAAUGCCAGCGGGAGACUCGUUGAAUUCGUCUAAUUUAAACGGCGGUGGAAACCGUGCCCAGUACCAUCUGUUCUUUGUUUGUGAACUUUGCGGGAGUUCGCAUCCCAGCAAAUGGGAACGCUGGUUACAUGUCAGUUCUUCUCACGCCAAUGAAGCAGCCAUAAAAUGUGAUCGCGAGGAUUGCGGUAAAAUAUUUGCCACAAAGUCCCUUAGGAAUGAUCACGUUCAGCAUCAUGCGAUUCAAGGCUCGUCCCCGAACACAUGUGAAAUUUGCGGGAAACUGUGGGGUAGCAGAGUCGAUUAUUGGAAGCACGUGAUGGGCGUUCACUCGGACACCGUUCCGCUGAUCUGUGGUGUUUGUCUGAAAGUCUUCCCGAACGUGAUGCAAUUAAGCGGUCACGUGAAAUCGAAACACUGGCCGUUAACGAACGGUGAUUUUAGUUGUGAUAUAUGUGGUAGGCCGUACUCGAACAAAUCGAAAAUGUCCAGGCAUAGAAAAAUCCACGGUUUCGAGGAGAGCUGCGACAACAACGGCGCGGAGAACAGUGAACGUAAAGCGGACGGCCGAAUCAGAGAAACUGAGCUCAGUUGUGAGCAUUGCAUGGAUUUGAAGUUUCCUAGUUUAGAGAAGUUGUCUAAUCACAGACGAAUCGUGCACGGACUGUUUCCCUGCGAUCUAUGUAAUAAAUGCUACGGAAGAACUUCGCAUUUGUGGAAACACGUCAACAGAGUUCACAAGGGUCACGAGGACAUCACUUGUCCUUAUUGCUUGAAAACCAGCGCAUCGAAGGUGCAUUUGGCCGGUCACAUCUCGAAAAUCCAUAGAUACGCGCCGGAUUCUAGGGAAGAUGGUAUAGAUGGGAAAGAUACAAGACAAUUAUUGAAGACCGAGGAGGUUAGUUUGCAUUAUUGCGAGAAAUGCAACAAAGGAUUCCACAAGCGAUAUCUGUUGCGCAGACACAUGAAGGGAUGUCAGAAUUAUAGAAAGGAUCCCGGUGCGUUGUUGACGAGAUGCAGAGCCUGCGAAAGAAUUUUCAAAGAUCGCGCCAGUUUACAAAAACACAUCGAGAAUCAUCACAGCACUUAUGCUUGCCAUCUCUGCAACGAGACCAUCACCUCGAAAUUAGGAAUCAUGACGCACAACAGAGUCAAGCAUAUGGAUCACCCUGAUUUGACUUGUAAUUUCGGUGCUUGCAGAAAGCUUUUUAGAACGAGGGAGGAUCUGGAGGCCCACAAAAACGACCACAGAUAUCACACAAAUCCAAACGUUUGCGAUUUCUGCGGCGAUACUGUUGAGAACAAAUUGAAAUUAAAGAUGCACGUGCUGUCCCUUCAUCGUAAUGAAAUCGGCGUGUCUUGCGGGGUGUGUUUAAUUCCAAUGAAAGAUCCGAAAGAACUGAAAAGCCACGUGGAGCAGGUUCAUUCUAGCGUACUUUCAAGACCAAACACUUGUCAAGUAUGCGGUAAACAAUAUGCCUCGAAAUGGAAAGCUUUCGAUCAUACGAAAAAAUGUCACGGCAAAGUGUUCCGAACUUGCAAACAGUGUUUAGCAGUUUUCACCGAAGAUACCGCCAUAAGAGAUCAUUACGAGAUGGUACACAAUAUUUCGAAGGAUCAGCUUGCUGCAUUUGAAUACAGAUUGGAUAUUCGAUCGAAAAAUGAAGAUUUCGAAAUGGAGUCGCCUGAUAUUAUUGUUAAAGAAGAGCCGGACGAUUUGGAGUACGAUAUAGAUCUCUGUGACGAGGAUUCCAGCGAUUCAAAAAGAAGAAGAUCCUUGACCGAUACUUUCGACUGUGAAAUGUGUCCUGAGAUGUUUUUGAACAGUGACGCCCUUUCGAAGCAUUAUCGUAACAUGCAUAAUACAGAUCCAGAAAGGAUGUUCAAGAGAUUGAAACAGGAAGAACAAAGAAGAAUGCGUGCAAAAAUGAGUUUUCUUUGUAAGAACUGUAAGAGACAAUUUUCUACAAAGACAUUGUAUUGGAAUCACGUCGCAACCUGUAGGAGGAGCGCUUCGCGAAAAAAAGAAGAUCAUUUGCCUUUGCGGAACGAUAUGUCGGAUAAUCAGGAAAGUGUGCUCGAUAACCGAGAAGAAAUUUUAAAGAAUAAUAAUCAAAUUAAACAAGAAGAAACUACGUCAAAUUUGAACAUUCCUGAUUUCAAUCUAUUCGAAGAUAUAAAUCUUCAGUUAUCAGGCCAAAGACCUCUUCCAAAUCUGAUGCCGCUAUCCCAAAGGGUAAAGCCAUCGAUGAAAUGUUCGAGAAAAGAUUCUAGAAAAGUCUACGAUGAAUCAACAAAUACGGAAUGCGCUUGUGAAGUUUGUGGAAAGCAGUGGCCAGCAAAGAAACAUUUAUGGCAACAUUUAAUUCGUUUCCAUCGAGCAGAAGCUGCAGUCACUUGCGGAGUGUGCCUGAAGCUUUGCAAAGAUUAUAAUGAUUUAGCUGAUCAUUUGAAAGCCACGCACGAAGCAAUCUUGUCUUGCGAAGGGAACAAUUUUACGUGUAAAACUUGUGGCAGAUAUCACAACGCACGCAGCAAGCUAUUACUACAUACAAGUAUUCACAUUGGACACGCGAGUAAUGGAGUCACGUGUCCAAAGUGUCACAAGAAUGUCACCGACGAAACUGAUCAUUUUAAUACCUGCACUGGUAAAAUUGAAGAAGAAGAAGAAGAAGAAGAAGAAGAAGAAGAAGAAGAAGAAGAAGAAGAAGAAGAAGAAGAAGAUUUGAAGGACGAGGAGAAGCCAGAAGAAGGAAGCCUGAUAGCGGAUGAUGCAAUGGUAGAAGAAGUGGAGGAAGGGGACUUUGAGUCCGAGGCUGAAGAAGCGGACACGGAAGAAUCUGAUAGUGGCAGUAGUACGGAAGCUGAAGAAGAAAAUGAUUCCGAGGGUGAGUCCAGAGCUACCGGAGAAAUUACGUACAACUCGGACAGUGAAGAUUCCGAAGAGUUAGAUAAUAUAGAAAUACAGGAAAAGAGUAUGCAGCAUUUCGCUUUGAAACGUCUUCAAGCAUCCAACGAAACAGAACCAGAGAAAAAUGACGGUUUGUCGGAUGAUGAUGGACCUCCGGUUCUCAGUCCCAUGAUGCCUCUAUUGCCUGAAAACAUAUCCGACGAACAAUCAAUGGGUCAUAAACUUGGUUCGAUAGUAACGUUAACAGAGAAAGAUAUAGAUAUGUGUGAUUUAACAGAAAUUCAAAAUCAGUCAUCUCCCAAGUCAAUGAAUUUCUAUGAAAAGGGCUUGUCCACCAAUGAAUCGUUGAAUUUCGAGACUGAAGCGUACAUAAAUCGAAGUGACGAUGAUUACGAUGAUACCAAAAAUGAGUACGAUGAAAACUCUAUGGAGGGGAACGACGAGGAAAAUGAAGAUAACGAAGAGACGGAAGGGAAUGAAGAGAACGAUGACAAUGACGAAAUCGGGCAGAAUGAGGAAAACGACGGAAAUAAUGAGAUAGAAGUAAAUGAAGAAAGCGACGAGGGAAACGAAUUAAAUGAAGAAACAGAAGACAUCGAAGAGAAUCGAUUGAAUGAAGAAAUCGAGGAUGACGAAGAUAAUGAGGAAGAUGAAGAGAAUUAUGAGAAUGAAGAUAAUGAAGAAAUCGAAGAGAAUGAAGGGAGCGAGGAAAUUGAAGGAAACGAGGAAAAAGAGGACGGUAUGCAAUUGGGUGAUUUAGAAGGCGCUGUACUAAUGGUGACCGAAGGAAAUGAAAUAUUAAUACAACAGAAUAUUUUGGAGAAUGGAACUGAAAACGUCAAUCAAGCGUAUGUGUAUUCUACGCUUGCAUACAGUUCAGAAGAAGACAGUGAUGACGAGGGGAAAUGAGUGCCAAAUUGUGAUUAAGUAAUUUGAAAAAAAGAAGAAGAAAAAGAAAAGUGAGACAGUUAUUGCACACGUUGUUUCAAGAGUCAGGAAUACGUGGAAAUGAGUGCAGGAAAUGUUAAUACAUAUUGUGGGCUUGAGUUAAUCACCAACUACUCGGGUUGCAGGGAAACAACACCUAAGAAAGUAAUUUUUGUUUUUCCGUUCAUAGUGUCUUAGUAUAAUUAACAAUCGAAUUUACAAAAUAUUUUUAAUAGUAUUAAAAAACAUGUUGAAACGCCGAAG